GCCACAUUCUAUUAAUAAGCCUUCAAGUAUACCAAAAGUAUCCCAGAGAAAGGGAAAGAAAACUAUACGGCCACAGCUUAAAUCUUGCCUUCUUCGUCGCGAUUGAGGGCAAGAAUCAUCACGCAUCACUGCGCCAGGAACUUCAAGCUUGUUACAAUGACGAUGACAUUGGAAGGUUAGCUGGGCUUGCGUUUAUGUUUUCAUCUAGCAUCUUGCUACAGAUUCUGGCUUGUGCACUAUACAACAAUUGGUGGCCUUUGUUAUCAGCUUUGAUGUAUGUGCUUGUUCCAAUGCCUUGUUUAUUUUUUGGAGGUGGGUCCACACAGUUUCUGAUUAGCCGAGAUGGUGGAGGAUGGAUAGGUGCUGCUAAGUUCUUGACGGGCGCCUCAACUGUCGGCAGUUUGGCAAUUCCUAUUAUCCUGAGGCAUGCUCAUAUGAUCGACACAGGAGCCAUGUUCAUAGAAUUCGUUUCCUUCUUCAUAUUUGUUUGCACCGUGUUGUGCUUCCACCGUGUUAGCCUUGAAGAUGAUUGGUGAUAAUUCCAGACGAAUAUAGUGAAGCAGAUUUGAGUGCUGAUGAUUACAAAACCUUCCUUUGUUAAAUUUUAAUCCUCGUCUUUUGAACACACUCGAUACGAGACAUUGUAUAACAAGAAGAUACUUGUGCAGGAGGAAAGAAACCGAGUUCCAAGUUUUCUCAUAUGUAAAUCAAUUUAAUGUAUGAUAAUAGUUAUUUUCUUA